AUGACCGAUAGAAACAACGUCGUCGGACAACACCAACGACCACCAAGACCCACCACCAGCGGCGAUGGAGGACCAUUCAUCCGCAGACUCCGUCAACACUCCCUCAACUCGACCCAACUCAUGGGAAUAAUGACUCUUGUAAUCUCCGGCGCCAUCUUGCUCCUCCUCACCGGCGUCACCAUCACUGUUGCCGUCGUCGGAGUCAUCUUCUUUGCACCUCUCAUCAUCCUCACCAGCCCCAUAUGGGUCCCAAUCGGCACUCUCCUCUUCGUAGUCGUCGCUGGCUUCCUCUCGGUUUGCGGGUCUGGUCUGGCCGCCGCCGCAGCCGUAUCGUGGUUGUACAAGUAUUCCAGAGGGUUGCAUCCAGUCGGUUCAGACCGGGUUGACUAUGCGAGGAGCCGGAUUGCUGAUACUGCGAGUCAUAUGAAGGAUUAUGCGAGGGAAUACGGUGGGUACUUUCAGGGUAAGGUGAAAGACGCAGCUCCCGGUGCUUGA